AUGUCUGACAACGAAUCCACCGGCGAAUCUCCUGUCAAGGCCGACAAGAAGGCCGUGGUCUUUACUGAAAAGGAGGAGAUGGUCCUCAAGGCUGCCUGGCGCUGCCUCAAGUCUGGUCCACCUGAGAUUGACAUGGAAAAGCUCAUGAAGGCUGCUGGCUUCAACACCAUGAAGACUACAUCCAACACUUGGGGUGUUAUCAAGAAGAAGCUCUUCACUGACGUUGAUGGCGAUCCUCUCCCCACCGCACCCACCCAAGCCCGCCGCCAAGGGCAAGAAGGCUGCUGCUACUCCCACGCCCUCGAAGAAGCGCACCAAGAAGGAUGCUGA